GUGGAUUUGUAGUGUGAGGCCUGGGUUGCUCCAGGCUGCCCACCUGGGAAGAUGCAGCAUCGGCAGAGCAGCUGUCCCCCCUUCAAGAGGAGGAAAAGCCUGGCCACAAGGAUGCGGGAAGUGUUGGAGAUCCGUGCCAGGCACCCCACCAAGAUCCCGGUGGUAGUGGAGCGGUACCAGAAAGAGAAGCACCUGCCACUCCUGGAUCGCACCAAGUUCCUGGUUUCCCAGGACCUGUCCCUGUCCCAGUUCUUGGUCACCCUGCGCACCCGCAUGUCCCUGACUUCCACCCAGGCCUUCUACCUGCUGGUGAACAACCGUGGCCUGCCCAGCCUGAGCACAACCCUGGGGGAGGUAUACCGUGACAGCCAGGAUGACGAUGGCUUCCUCUACAUGACCUAUGCCUCCCAGGACAUGUUUGGUGCCCCUGCAGCAGUGCAGCCUUAAACUUACUUGCUGCCCCUGGGGACAGCCUUGCCCUGGGAUUACUAACCAGUUGUGGGGGGAGGGAGGGCACAUUUAAACUAUGGCAUGAGCUCAGUAGCUGCCUGGGUUUGCUUCUCCGCCAGGGCUCAAGUCUCUGUGGAAGCCUGUUUGUAAGGGAGGGCCGAGACACUGGACUGCUGUGUCCCUCUGAAUGAUCUACCUUGGCCCUGUCAAAGGGGUUGGCCCCUUCCUCUCUGUCCUGCUGCUGCCCAGGAAACUCACUGCUGUUUUCCUCCUCCUUUUUUUAACGUCUCUUCCUACAAGAGGCUUUGUAUGAAGGCUCCUCAGAGCCAUGCAUUUAUUUUCACUGUUCUUUUUAAGCCUUGAACUCCUGAGACUAAUGGCUUGGAAUAAAGAAAUAA